GGAAACAUCAGGACAAACUUAUUAAGAGGAUCAAUUUAAAACAGUUUUCCUCCAAACCUGCCACAGCCAGCAAACAGCGUGGGUCCAACACACACCUGGUCACACACACAGGAAAUUGACCCUUGGCCCCCACCCUCCCAGCUUUUAUGGAGGCUCAGGUUUAGAGGGAGCGCCACCUAAUGGUGCCACCUGUUACACACAGUAAGCCUCCCAGGAAUAUGGUGGAAAGUGAGCUGGCUUUGCUGUUGCCUGGCAACACAGCACACAUGACAUUAUUCCAUUAAUGUCAUGUGAUGAUGUCAAAGUGUUUUGAUGUCAUGAGUGACGAGGCUUCUGUCCAUGAUGAUGUCAUAAGAGACAGACGCCUUGAAUAUCCAGCAUCUGAAUCAAACGGUCAGAAGUCAAGUAGCAGCUUGGACACGUUGGAGUUAGCAUUACAGUUUUUGGUCGCUUUUCUAAUACAUCGCUAGGACAGUCAAAAUGUCAGGAGUUACAACCUUCACUCUAAACGAAGAAGAAGCUCUUCGGUUGAGUAAAGAUGAAUUGGUCGUGGUGGUUCUGGAUUGGUUGCAACGCAUGAAAGAUAUCGGUGCGAUGCUGAGACGGGAGGAUGCUUUGGAAAAACAGCUGAAUGAAGCUCAGGAGGAAAUUGGGCAUCUAAAGAAGAAUAUGGAUUCACUCACCGUAAAGCUAACCAAGUCUCGCAGACACAUCAAAAACCUGGAAAAUCAGACAAUACCGAUGUUGAAACGAGAGAUCGAGAACCAAAGAUCCCACAGAAAUAAGUUGAGGUUGGAAAAUCAAAAAUAUCACAAGAGAGUCAUGGAGCAGGAAACCUCUUUAGAAAACCUGGAGAGGAAAUCAAGACUGGAGCUUCGGAAGAUUUUGGUGGAGAAGGAUGCAGUGGAGUAUCGGAGCGAAGCCGACUUAAAGAUAAUCGAUCAGCGAGAAGAUGAGAUCAGGAGACUGGAGUUUGAGCUGUCCAGAAAGUUAGAUGACAUCGGUAUUUUGAAAAAGGAGGUUUCACACCAUAAAGAUCGGUGCACACGGCUGGAGGGGAAAACAGAUGAGCUGGAAAGAAAGCUGGAAAGGGAAGAAAAGGAAAAGAAAGACAUUUUGAAGAAUCUUCCCAAACCUAAAAAAGAGGACAUCAUUUUUACAACUAAGAAAGAGUUUCAAGUGGGGCUGCAGAUCUGUGAACCAAUCCUAAUAGAAGAAAAGAUGAAACGGAAGAGAUUGAUCAACCAUCUGAAGAAAAUGGAAGGUGAGAAGACUAAUCUCUUGAAGAAGCAGGCUGAGAGCAACGCUGAGCUCUCAGCCUUGCAACGGCAGGUAGCAGCCCUGAACAUGACUGAAAAGAAAUGUUUUGCCCACCCAGAAUCUGACUGGAGGAAGCUGAAGGAAGAAAUUAAAGCCCUAAAUGGUCAGGUGGAGACACUGAUGGAAAACAAACAGAGGGACAGAGAAUACACUGACAAACUCGUUGAAAAAAUGCACAAACUGAAAGACAAUUAUUACAUGGCGAAAAUGAAAGAGGAGGAUUUACAGAUUAAAUACGAUGAUUUGAAGAAGGCUUACGAACAUUUGAAGAAGGAAUAUGACGAUUUGACUCAAUCUAAAAUCAAAGAAGAUAAAACUGAUGUUGCUGUCGAAAGUCCUGCAAGUCAAAUCAAAGCAGAGAGGCAAACCGAUAACAAAGUCAUCUUUCUUCCACCGAUUGACAAAAGGUCAAUCCGUUAUCAAACUCUGCCUCUAGGUGAGGGCAAGUUGGUACCAAAUUUUAAAGAGGACAAGCUCAUGACUGAAGAAAAGAUGAAUCAGCUCAAGCCAACGCCUCCUGGUACAAAAAAACCUGAAGUGUCGUCAACAUCAGCAGGAAGGAAACGAUCUCUGAAAACUGAGCAGAGAAAAGAUGGUGGGAAACCAGGCAGAGCGCCGCAAUGAGAUGAACUCAAGAACUUGAACCAACCUCAACAAAACUAAAGCCAUAGGUUUUCUCCGGGAGCUCCGAAGCAUUUCAUGAAUAAAGGAGGCGGGAAAAUUCAAAGGUUUUUCCAUAUUUGAUCUGCGACUCACCCAUCAGAACUAACUAAG